UGGGUAACGGAGGAGAGGCGAUUAGAUGGCCAUUCCUUGGGCAGUGUCACUGUCCACCAGCCGCUUCUUCCCCACCCGCUCCGCUAUCCUCCGCCGUCAAACCUCACCGUGUUCCGCCACUGCCACCAUGAGCACCGCCGGAGAACAGAACACUUCUGACACUGCCCAUUUGGACACAAUCUUCAAGCAGAAAAAGGCCCUCCGUUUGGUUGUUAAAAGAGAUCUCAAAUCCAUGGAUCCUACCCUUAGAUCCGAAGAAGAUGAAGCAAUACAAAGGAUUGUAAUGGAGGCCCCGUGGUUUAAGGCUUGCAAGGGAUUGUGCGCUUACAUAAGCUGUAGUGCCUUGCGAGAAGUAGAUACAAGCCGAAUACUAUCUCAUAUUCUCAGUAGCCAUUCAGAGAUGCGAAAGAAGCUAUUUGUUCCAAGAGUGGAGGAUAGGAACAGAAACAUGCGAAUGCUUAACAUUUCAAGCACUGAGGAUUUGAUUGCAAAUUCAAUGAACAUUCUGGAACCAGCUCCAUUAGAUGCUGAGGGGAAUGAACGCGAGGAUGUCUUGUUCGCUAAUGAGCCUGUUGAUUUGUUAAUUUUACCUGGACUUGCAUUUGACAAAGCUGGAAGACGGUUGGGCCGCGGUGGAGGAUACUAUGACACCUUUUUAUCAAGAUAUCAAGAGCUUGCCGAGAAGCGAAAUUGGAAGCAACCGCUCAAAGUUGCACUUUCUUACUCAGUUCAAAUAGUGGAUGAGGGUACUAUACCUCUAACUCCAAAUGACGUUCUUGUGGAUGCACUUGUAUCACCUUCUGGUGUGAUUCCUAUUAGUCCAGCUGCGCUGGAGUUUUGCCAGUGAGAAAACUGCUCUUAUGACAAGCUGCAGGACAAUUCUCAUCACAGCAUCAUCAUAGAGAUUGGGAUGGAAUCAGUCCUUAGUGAUUUGUGAUCUCUAAUACAAAUGCAUCAUCUAUCAUGUCAUCUGAAGAGGAACCACUUUGGUGCAAGAAUGUCUUUGUAAGUUUGGUAGCAUGUGUGUCAAUUGAGUUGAACCAUUCAUUUGUGGGCAAGGUUGGAUAUGAACAUAUCAGUUCCUUCCUAGAAUCUUUGAAAUAGUACUGUAUUUUUAGUUUCUUUAAUCUGAAUAUUA